CAAAAAUAAUAAUAAAAAUCAUAUGGUAAGCUAAGGUUUUGGAAACUGGGUCUGCUGAAUGUAAUCCAUCAGGAGACCAUUAUUAAAGCUGGGUGUUAAUUGCUGCUUUCUUGACCCAAAGCAUGGAGAUCUGUCUUUCCGCCUCAGUCUAGUAUCAAAGACAAGCAUCUCUUGGAUAAAUUAAAAAUCAUAUAAACCUUCAGGAAUGCAGAUUUUUGUGCACUGUCCUUGGUUUCCAUGCAUUCGCCGCAUUUCUUUCACUCCAGAGUACAACAGCAUGAUCACUGCUACCAGUAAGUAACAGAGCAGGUGUUUUCCCAUUUGCAUGAUUGUUUAUACAAAGCUUGUUGAUUAUAUCUUUAAAGUGACGCUUAUCCUCUAAGAAAGUCACACUACCUUUCUAUCAGUUCACAAAUACAGAAGAGUUAAAUAAAUUUUAAAAAAUUAGGAGAAAGAACAUCAUAGAUAGAGAAAAUGUAGCUAUUGUGGAGAUGGCUCAUAGGUUCUUUAAGCUAUUAAUCAGAGGUAAAUCUGCUUUAACUUUGUUCUUAAAUCAUAAAUUUUGAUCAUCAUCUUAGAACAUAUACCCCCAGAGUCAGCAGUGUAUGUAUAGAAAACGCUGUUUCCCUGUGGACGCUACUAUGCAAGGUUUUAUCUUCCAGCCGUCUUUGCCCAGGGAUGUUCAAUUGUCAAGUAAAGAUGACCUGCAGUUCAUGGAAAAAGAACAAGAUCCCAGAUACCAAAUGAUCACUCACCUCACACAAUUAACAGAAAUGGAGAAGAGCACAUGAUGAUGAGCCAAUCAUCUUUUGUAAGUUGAAAUCUAUUUAUACAAGCCACUAAACAACAAUAGUGCUACUGAAAAGGUGUGUAGAAAACUUUAAUACUAUCUUAACUAGGAAAUACUGGUUUGGCUUGAUGAUAUUACAAUGCAAGAAACGAAAGACUGAGCAAGAGAAGUAUCAACUGAAAGGAAUGCUUGCUCCCUGACAAUGAUACCCUCACCCACAUUAAUUGUAAUAAUAACACAGUAAAUGCUAAAACUAAAACCAAAAUGAUUUACAAAUUUGUGGAGAGAAUUAGAAGGUAAACCACAUUUUUUCAAAAUUUCCUAAGAUAAUCACAAGCAAAUCAUUCAUUUCAACUGCACCCUUCUCUGUUAAAUCAUGCUUCAAUUAAGUCCACCUAGUUUGAACCCUGUACGGGAGUUGUUUUUCUCCAGUAUCCAUGUCCUACUUAAGGUCAUUUACUGCCUCCAAAAAGGAAGGACUUCAUCACAAUCAAAAUCUCUAAUGGAACAAUUAUGAAUUAUCC